GCUUUAUAUCCUGUUUCUAGUUAGUGAAGUGCUGAAAGGCAUUGCCUAUUUUCUUGCUAUGAUUUUGUGAAUAUGAUGUCACUUUUCUCUUUAGAACCUUGAAAACAUGAGUGCUAGUGUCGAAACGGACGUGUCCAGCCCUUUAUCCGAAGGGCAGAGCGGUACAUCGGAUAGAAUAUCCAAGUCAUCAUCCGAAAGCCAGAGUUUGAGCAAAAAUGAAGCAAUCGUUUCGGACCACGAAAACAAAGACAACAAGUCUGAACCGACGACACCAAAGCCCCAUCCUAUGGCCUUUACGAUAGAUUUUGGCAGUUCCAAGCCCUUCGAUAAUCGCAGACUGGAAGAGCUAGCCAAGAAAUCUCAGGCGAGACAUCAAAGAGUCCAGUCGAUGUCUGCAAACCUGACUAGGCCUGCACCAGCUGUUCAAAAACCUCCAAUGAGUGCGAAAUUGCCACGAAAGGCGCAAGGAUAUAACUCUGAAGGCUACUUCUCCUCAGACCAAGAAGAUAGUGGUCUGUCAGGUUCCAUAAAAUUGCGUCAGAGUCCCAUGUCUCAAAGUAUGUAUGUCACUUCCCCAACCAUCAACAGGCAUGUGAAAUCUCCAAUAGACUCAUUCCAGCAUAAAAGAAUAUCCAAAAGUCCUAUAGUUGAUAGUAUUAUGUCCAGAAGUGAUAACUUCACAUCGAGACAAGCUUUGAACUUGCCUUUGAAAAAUGCAAAUUCCUACACAAAAGAAGUUCAUAGAACACCAAGUUACGGUAAUUUAUCUUCUAGCUACCAAUCCAAAAAUAUGGCUGAUAUAAUGGACCAGAGUCCUGAGGGAGUGAUGCUCACUGAUAUCUCUAGUCCAGAACUAGAUGUUUUGACUCCUGACAAUGGUUUAUCGACACCUGAACAUUCAAAGAGCCCUCUCACUAGGAAAAGUAGAGCUUCUUCAGAAACACCUGACCUGUUCAAGAGGUGUGUACCAAAAGUAGAAUCUUUGUAUGUGGAUGAUGAGAUUGACAGAGUAUCAGAGAAUUCAUCAACAGGCACUUAUACAAUAGAAGGUGACAAUUACACUGAAGAACAAAAGGCUAGAAUGAGUAUUGAUAGGACAUUCGGCUCUAAUAUUAUCAAAGAAGAUAUAGAGGAGACUAUAAACAAAAGAGAAAGCACUGAAAGGGACCCAGAGCUAAUCUUUGACUUCCAAAACCCUAGAGUUAUCACAAAGGAACCUAGAAGAGAUGUAGGACUUAGGAGUCCAAUAUUAACAAGUAAUACUUUUGACAUGCCUAGUAAAGUUUCCAAAGACAAGAAUGUCUUAGAAAUCUCAUGUUGUUACGAAUCUCCUACUGAACAUGAUUUAGCUGCUCAGACUACUAAGCAGAUAAAAUCAACUCGGAGUUACUUGGAAAAGAUUAAGAAUAGGGUGCGCAAUAUAACUGAGAAAACGUUUCCUAAAUCUCCACCGAAGCAUGAAAUUGAUGCUGACGUGGGUAGUUUCACUUCUGUGACUACUUCCGGUGUACUGAGCUCGAAGAAUCCUCCAAAAAUAGAACCCCCAGUAAGGAGAAGGUGCAGUUUAACAAAAUCGGAAAUUGAUCAAACUGAUUACAUUCAUCGUUUAUCAAGAGAAUCAUCAGUGCCAGUAUCUUUACCGAGUAACAAGCCGUUAAUUUUCGAUAAUGCAAAAUUCGAGAGUACUGCAUUGAAAAAUGCUCAAAAAGCUUUAAGGGAUGACAGCGGAGUCUGCUCAGACGUAACACCAAACAAAGUUGUGGGGAGACUGUCACAUUUGAGCUUGAAUCGGUGUAAAGGUGACAAGACCUGGAUACAGGAUUGGGCUGAGAGUGUAAAGAAAUACAACAACAAUACUCUGGCUACAAAAGAUGAAUUGAACAGUACCUUUGUAGUUGACUUGGAUGCCGAUAGACCUCCAGUUAGCCCUCGACAUCAUCCAGGGAAACCCCGCAGCCCUCUUGGUGGUAGUACACCCACUAAGAUUCCCAGUCCGGUCGGCACGUUACUUCACAGGCGAACACCCGACUUAAUACCAACACAAGACACCGAAUCCUACUUACUGAAGACUCAAAACGCUAUCACCAAUCUACAAGCCAAACUACAAUCCUCUAGGACCAAUAACUUCAGCAACAUUCCCUCCCAACUCACCUCGAGUCUUAUCAGCGAGAAAACUGCAAUUUCCCGGCUCCCGAUCUCGCAGCUGUCUCGCUCCAACUCGCUCAAUUACCGCCUCAGAAGGAAAGAGAGCUCCGGUGACAGCAGCCCUCUAAGAAGUCCAGGUCAUUACGUCAUCACUGGCUCAAUGAAACUACCGGAAACCACUAAAAUACUACUAAACUCCGCCUCGAGGUCUUUGGACACCGACCGGCGGAAAGGUCGCGAUUCCAACAUGAACAGUCCGUCCUCGGAAAGAGGUUUGUUGAGUAACAGUUCGGAAGACAAAACACUGUCUAACAGGCCUCAAUACGACGUUGACGCAAUCCUAUCGCCGCACAGGAAAGCACAUGUCAGGCACAAAUCGUUCGAAGGCAGAAAUCAGAACGAUUUCUCCGCGAACGACGUGAGUAACGCCAAUCAAACAGUCUGUCUCAAAACUGUACUUAAGAACAACGCUUUGGAGACGGUGUACCCAAGAAUCGACCAAACCCGUUGCCUGGAUACCAAAAAACACCAAAGAGUCUUCAGUGAUGGCAACAAGCAGUUCAAACCGCAAACCGCUUUCGGUACGUCCAUUAAAAGGUCUAGUUCUUUCAGUACGGUAAAUAAGAAUAACAAUUAUCUAGAACCAAUUAGAAUAAAUAGAAGACAGAGCAAUCAUUCGGAGGAGUACAAAGACGAUUAUUUAUCAGAUGAAUCGGAUAAUGCGUCGUUCGAUAAAACUCAAGAUCUGAGGUACAAGAGGGUGGUUAACAGAGGUAGAAUUGAUUCUCCGGAUUUGAAAUCGAUAGCGCCAGCUAACUCGCCGAGAUGUCCGAACACGCCGGAGAUGCAGAGGAAAUUUGGGCCUGGGUUGGUAAGGAAUUCGGUUAGAGUGACGAAUAAAGAGAGAGCUGUGAACACCAGGUUGUCGGAACCACCAAUGGCUAAAGACGAGAGGACGAGGCCCACUAGUCACCAGAGUAGAAGAAUAUCGGAGCCGACGAGGCAAGCUGUGUUGAACAGGCUCACAAAGUCAAGGUCUUCGACGCGAGAACUGCAACCAAAGUGCCAGGAAAAAGGUCAGAAGAAACCGAGUCAGUACCGGUCUUCGUCAGCGCUAGCCACCAAAGAGGUCGAGUUCUCCAACUGGAAGAAGAGGUCCUCGUAUGACCCGAUGAAGGCGGCGCAGGAAGGCCGUAGGAGGCAGCAGCAAGCCAAAAGGGUUGACAACAACAAGGAUGAUCUUAGCUCGCCUAGCCAUUCUUCGCCCGUCCACCGUUCGCAGUCCUUCCACACGACCAACAUAGCAGACCUGGAAACCCUGGAGUAUUCAUCGGAAGAUGACCAGCUCACGUUACCCGUUGAUCCGAUGGUCACUUCAACCCACUCAGACAUCCUGGAUAGUAGACCAAGAGGUUCUGAUAUCAAGGAGAGUUUGAGGAGACAAGCCAUGACAAACGAUGUGGUCUUCUCAAGGGAUUAUAUCACUAAUUUCCAGGUAAACCAACCCACAGAUAAAAAGCGCCGUUCCGAAGCGGACAAGCGUAAGACCUUCAUAAUGGACGACAUAACGCCGACCAGAGAGAACGUAGACUUCCUGCCGAAGCGAGACGAGGCCGUAGACAAACGGAAGACGUUCAUACUGGACAGCGACACCAAUUCCACCACCAACGGGAGUAGUCCGAGGAACUCUUCCAUUUUUAGCCACGAGAAAAAUUCGUUGACUACCGGCACCAGUGACACAGAAGGUGAGAGCGGUCCCGAGAGCGCCCCCGUAGUGCUCCGGCCCCGAGCCCUACAUACCAACCCUAAGCACAGGUACAGCGGGGACUACAGCGUAUCGUCGUCCACGACUAGCGCGAGUCACCGGCGUAACGCUAGCGUAACGAGCGCUAACGUGACGGCCAGCGUCCAGCCCCGGUACCUGGACAUAUCGCGGUACCGGGCCGACGCCGCGCCCAAACCGGGCCCGACUCGACGACACCACGUCGCCGACACCAGGCCUGUUAGCAAGGGAAGCGCUCAGCACUUGGAAAUGGAACAAAAGAAGCAAGAGUUAGAGAAGUGGAAACGCAGGGCAUCCUACGACCCGCGCAAAGCAGCCGCCCUAGGGAAGACCACCAAGCCACCGCCCAAAACCGCCAGCAGCGUUCUGCGAUCUCAAUCCUUCCACGGACCAGUAUUAGUGUCGACUACGUUGCGGUACCAACCAGCGCCGACACAAAUUACUGAGAGCUACGACGCUUCGAGCGACAACGACUUUUAACGCGAACGCUCUCGGUCGAAAAUGCGAUGGCAAACAUGUGAUAAAAUGUGUGUGCGUGCGGACGGAUAUGUAUGAGGAAUGCACGGGAUUUAUAUACUUGCAAGAAACGCGAGGGUCAAAUUAUUGUUAUACAGAUGUUGGAUUGGAAUUGAGUUAGGUGUUCCUUUGCCUAAUUAAAAAAAAUAAAAUAUUCGCUUUGACACAUCGUUUCGCGCC